UUUUUUAAAUUAGCAAGAUUGUUUAUAAAGAAUGCAGCAUUACCUAUAAAAAUUAUAAUGGGUAGAUACAUUCUUGCUUAGAAUGUGUGUGCGCUGUCUAUAAUACAAUAAAGUUGUAUAUUAAUUACGGUAUAAUAAAGCAUGCGGGGGGCGAGGGGGCGCGCCGCGCUCUCAUAUUCCGUAUAUUGAUUGUGUGCGAGGGGGCCGGGGCAAGGAGGGGGCUCACGGCGUGCCCCACUCUGUUUUUUACGACACGGCUUUCUGUGUAACAUAAUUAUUGUAUUUAAUUUUGUGAAAUGUUUCGGUGUUAUUUGUGAAAAAUUGGGAAGUCGGAAACUCGAAAACGAGAUGCAGGGGAUGGCGAGCGAUAAGACGUUCCACUUGAAGUGGAAUAACCACCUGCAGAACUUGAGCCAGCUGUUCACAACGAUCUACUCGUCAUCGGCUCUCGCUGACGUGACGCUCUCCUGCCGGGACGGUACCCUCAAAGCACACAAACUAGUGCUGUCAGCAUGCAGCCCCUACUUCGAACAAAUAUUCAGGGACAACCCAUGCCAGCACCCAGUUGUGAUCCUAAAAGGGAUCCCGUUCUCGGAGAUCAACCUCCUAGUGGAGUUUAUGUACAAGGGUUCAGUAGAUGUACAAGAACUGGAUUUGCAGUCACUCAUGCACACAGCGUCAGAACUAGAGAUUAGGGGGCUGGCCUACGAAGCCCGUGAUAAUGCCGCUCAGAUGUUGAACGUCAACUUGGAGUACCCAACAUACAAUCAACCCACAGUCACACCACAACAGACAACAUAUCCCCCAGCACGGACAGAUGUAGAAAGGCUGAAACAGAUCCACAUGUACCAGCAAUCCAUGAUGCGCGCGGAGGAGAUCCGCCGCCGUCGUCGUGAAGAUGCCCCGGGCACACACACGGCUGUCAACAACAUCCUGGCCGCUGCUGCCAGGGAGAUGGAAGAGGCUCGGCACGCUGCCAAUAGGGGUGAGAGAGUGGUCGCCAGCAUACAGACUGAACACGAUGCGACAGCGGCCACAUCGACUGCAUCGGCCAUGCCUGAAGUGAAACGUGACCCAGAAGACGAUCGCCCCAAGAAGCGCGUCUCCAUCUUGUCUCCCGAAGACGAGAAACUCCGUGUCAAGAAGAAACCCAUGACCGUUCGCUUCCAAGAUGAUAGUAAGACUGAUGACCGGGAGCGCCCCAAUAAGAUCACUUCGCCAGGCGCCCCAAACGACAAGGAUUCCGAGCACAAAACUGGGGGCAUAAAAGUGGUGCAGCUUGCAGUCCUGCAGAAACCUUCCAACAACGACAAUGAUGAUUCCGAUGAGAAAGCCGGCAACAAAUCCAACAUGGACGACGAUGAGGAAACAGACUCGAGCGGUUCAGUAUCUGAUUCAGCUGCCAACGACUCUAUGGAGGGCAGGCCUCAUGUUUGCGACGUGUGUGAUCUCAGGUUCCAGCGCUCGUCUCACCUGUCGCGCCACAAGCUGACGCACACGGGCGAACGGCCUUUUACGUGCGGCGGCUGCGGCCGGUCCUUCGCCCGCUCCGACAAGCUGCGCGUACACACCAAGAUCUGCGAGAGGGAGGACCCAACUGUGGAUAUGGCAAACGAAACAACUGGACAAAAACGCGAAAACAGUUCGGAAGUUAUGUCCGGCAUGGUGCGGACCACGCACAGGGAGUCCGGACAUUUGGUGUUCACCCCCAGCGGUGACGUCAUGCUGCCCCCCAGGACCGCGCCCACGGUGUUGAACUCCACCCUGGACUCGGUGAAGAACGAGUUCUCCCAGGCGGACCUGCUGGACCCCCCUCGCAGGGGGCGGGGGAGGCCGAGGAAGACGCCGUUGCCGCUGACGCCCAAGAUCAAGAAGAAGAGGGGACGGCCGCCGAAGACGUCGCUUGACAUGGAGGGCUGCGUGCUGACGAGCGGCGCCGUGGCGGGCGCGGCGGGCCACCAGCUGCUGCUCAAGCGCAAGCGCGGCCGCCCGCCCAAGAACUACCUGCUGCCCAGGACCGGUAUGGAUAUGUCAAUACCGAUGCAGUACGGGCUAGCGGAUCUCUCGACAAUUUACGGCCGCCCCAACGAGAAUUACAAUGCUACGAACCUACCUUUCGGCGACUUCUCCUAUCUCACUGAGAUGAUAUACAACCCUCUAGCGUUCGGCUACGGGGUCACCAGCGUCGACCCGGACCGCAACGUGGACGCCGACCACAACAUGUCCACAGAAACUUCACACGACAGAACCAUCGACGUAUCAGACUCAUCAUCAGACGAUGAAGAAUCUCGCAUUGAGCCUGAAGAAAACGUUCCGCCUGUUGCUAUGGAGACUCAGAUCAUGACUGUAGGUGAUUGCCAGAUUGUUAAGCUACCCCCUAAUAAUGAAGAUAAGGAGGAGAAACAGGAGCAAGUGGAGAAUAACACAGUGGUGUCCACCGCUCCGGGCGCGGUGACCAUCACCCCGAUAACCACGGUGGGCGACUGCACCAUCAGGCCGGUGGAGAACACAUAAUAUGCGCGCCGUGUCGUCUACCCCAUGUGAGUCAGCCAUAUUAUUCUUUAUCCCGUGUAGGAGUUCGAUUGAGGUUUUCGAUGGCGCUGCGUGCGUUUUUAGCCAUUAUUUAAAAAAUAUCAUUUAACAUUUAUAUUUCUCAUUGAAGUGAAAAAAAAGCAAUGCUUAGAACGUUCAUAUUUUGUAUCUAUUCACUUGAAUGGAUUUUGACAGGAGUAUUUUAUGAAGAAACAUAAUAUCUCUACAUCUAUGUAUUAUGGUCUGUUUUAAUAAAAUGACAAGUUUAAUUAGAUAACAAACAUAAUUACAAAAUUUUCCGCUCAAUAAAAGAAGUCCCGCAAACGCGACACAGUCGCUAACACCAACAAAAUGGCCGAUCUAUUAUUGAUAGUUAUACAUGUUACCGCGGGACUUUUUUUCGAGACGCAGAGAUCAAGCACGCAGCUAGAAAGAAAAAAGUAAAAAAAAGAAUAAAAAGAGUUUUCGGAAACGUUAUGUAAAAUGAGUAAAGUCUUCGGGGUAGACAAUACACGUAGUAGAUAUACUAUUAUUGUGGUAGCAUUCACUCGCAUGCGAUGUUCGAUAUAAAACUAUCGCUUGCAAUAAAUCGUAUCUUCCAGUGUGAGUAACUUAUACACUUAUGAAUAUAUACUUUAUAGUAAUUAACAGCCUGGCGAAAUUCACUGAGACUUAUUAACAAGAUGGCGCAAUUGGGGGCAGUUAUAAAUCCAAAAUGUAUAAAAUCAAUAAUGUCCUAUCCUAUAGUGCUGCUAUGGAUUUAUAUUCAAUGCCGCCAUGUACUAUUAAAUAUGUUGAGAAAUAAAGUUUCAGUAAAUUUUUUUCAGAUUUAUAUAUCAGCAUUUUAACGUGUCGUAAAUUUUAAAUAUAUUCUCGUUAGUUAAGCGUGAUCGCUACUACAAUGAUUUGAAAAUAUAUUUAAAAAAACUUCAAUCGCUUUAAAUUGGAAUAUUUCAAGUGACUGUCGAAAUAUGCAUUUAGAUUGGUGGCGAAAUAAUAAUGAUGAACUUAUGUACCAUAUGCCAUAAGCUUUACAUAAUUUUAACCGUGAUACUCAGUAUAACCGUACAGAACAAAUAGUAUGUCACAAUUUAAUAUGGUGUUCCACAUGAAAACAAAUGACAGAAAUAUAUAUUGAUAUAUAUUUUAGAAGGAUAUCAUUUUACAUAUUAAUGCAUCACAAUCCACACAACAUGUCUUAUAACAGCAUUUAUAAUGCAUUAUGAAUAAAUAAGACUGUUUUUUCUCUAUAUUGAAUGAUUGAUAUAAUUAUGCCUUAUUCGAAGGCCAUAUGUAUAUUUUCAUGUGGGACAUCGUUUAUCAUUAAAUAGAUUUAAUAUUUUGCGAUUAUCUACAUAGAGGCAACAUAUUUACCAGGAUGUUAAACGGAAACUAUUUAGGUACGCAAUGUUUAUGAUAUAAUGUGCACUUUGAGGUUGCCUUCAGUGUAUUAAUUAUAAUUUAACGAUACGCUUCUCAAACUUGUGUACUUUUUGUUCGGUUAUUUUAUCUUUGAUGUAAACGUUGCAAUGAAAAUAACAAAUAAAGAUAUGAAGGCAUAAGAAAUACCACGUAAAAAAUACACAAUAACAAUAAGAAAAUUAAAAACUGCCAAUAAAAUAUUAGAAAUUCUUGCUUGGCUCUGUGGCAGCCAUUUUGUAAACUUCACAGAUAAAAUAACGAACACGUGUAGAUUCUCUCUUCAUUGUCUAUGGAUCUGAUUUGAGUACGAGUAAUUUAUAGGGAGACUCGGAUAUUUGAGUGGUGUAUAACUUAGCAACUGAUUGGCUGUCUAUAUAAUAUAAUUCGUUUAUAAGUCGGUUAUGUAAACGUGUAGGUGCACGCUAUUCGCCUUUCAUAUUCUGUAUCAAUCUCUGUGAAUAUUAGAUCGUAGUACGUAGUGUCUUAGAUAAACUUAAUAUUCUAAAUAUUAACUCGGCAACACCAUAAAAGUGAUACCACGUAAGCUACAUAUUUUUGAUCAUACAAUCGUAUGAACAUGUGUACUAGUAACAUAAUAUAUAUUUCUUUAAUCGUUUUGCCUGUAAAAGCAAUGAGUAACGUAUCGUAGUGGUAUAUUAAUGAUAUGAUAUGCAAUAUAUAGUAAACCCCAGACAGCUAGCCAUUCAUGAGGCUGUAAGACAGCCGCGCGCGGACUUCGAUUAUAUUUUUAUAGAUCAAAAUCACUUUAGUUCCUUCCGUUAACAGUACGUGAACCGACUUUUUUUUUUAAUUUGUCGACAUCAAAAGUAUUAAUCACGCUACUGGCCCCUUAAAUUAUAUUCUGUACAGUAGUAUAGUUCCUAAAUUGUAAUCGAUACAAAAUUAUAACCCUUUGACUAGAGUAGCGGAUUAAAUUAAUUUCUUUAAAAUCAUUUAGUUUUUAAGUUUACGAUCAAAUUUAUUUAAGUUCACUAUUAGUGAUAUGUUAACGAUUUAAGGAUUAUUUGGUUAUGUUGAUCAAGACUGCUCGGAUCGUUAGACAUUAUCGUUUCGAGUCGGAGAGGCAUGGCACGAGUCUCAAGGCAAGCUAAACUUUAUUGAGAAUUAUUUAAUAUAGGAAACUGUAUUUUUGUAAUGAAAUAAGAUAGAUAUACUAUCGAUGUGCAUUCUAUGAUUUAUAAAACACCAUAUUAACGCUCGUUCGAGACAACUUUUUAUAUAUAUAUACAAAUUAUAGAGUAUAUAUCGAUAGAGACAUACUCCCAUACAGUAAUCGUGUAUCCUUGUGGCAUAGCUUUAGUCUCAGUUACGUUGUAAGUUAUUUUGGCUCUGUGUUGUCGUUAAGUUUAUGUGUGUCCCUUGGUUUUGUUUGCGAGCGGCUUAACACGCAGAUUAUAUUACAGACGGAUGUAAUUAUAUAAACUAAUUAAAAUAUCGCUAAAAUCAGUAAUAAAACAAACAAUAUUGAACAAUGAAUUGAAGUAUUUUGCAAGUUUAUUCUUUAAAAUACAUCAAAUUCAACCAACAAUAUAUCUGGUAUUGACGAAAAUUAUUAUGCUUGAAAUUAAGUAGAAGUUGAUCAAAAACACUAUACCAUAAUAUUCUAAAGGUAACACAAAAUGGCGCGCGUGUUGAGCCGUAAGCGGUCUAUUGGCAAUAUGAGAGUUGAUUUGUUUAUGAAAUGUUAGAUCGCUGAACGAUUGCAUUUAUUUAAAUUUUAUUGGUUUGAAUUGAAUCAAUGGCACUUUGAGAGAUCAGCAGCUGAUAUCGCAUUACAAAUUGAUAAUAAAACACCAUAUUUGACAGUUGAGAAAAUGUAAAAUUGCUUUUAAAAAUACAAAUUAUCAUUUUAUAAUUUCAUUAAGUCUGAAAUCACAAUAACUUCCUCUCAAUGUGCCAGAGUUAUACAAAAACGAAAUUUAACCCAAGGCAGAUAAAUUAUGUUGAAAUUAAAAUUAUGGUGUCACACAAACAUUACGACGAAAAGGAGGCUAACGCGAGCGAAUUCACCGCCAGGGGCGCUGGCGCGUGUGCGCGGGACACUUAGACAGAGAAAACGAUUGACUUCGUCAUCUCUUUUGUUUCUGUUCUCACAAUAAUACACACGAGAUGAAAACGGGGCAGAGCGCUAUCUUCUGUCUCUCAUGCCCAAUAAAUUAAAUGAAAUUGGCUAGGCUAGUCCUUUUUUUGGCGGGACAAAACAUUUUACAACACCAUCCCCUAGCGACAUUUGCUGGUAUUAGCUCCCCUCUAUUAGUACCUAAUCCCGUAUACGUACUCGAAUAUAGCCUUGGCUUAACUUUAGUUUCUGUUGCGUAUAUUAUUUAAAUAUGUUUAUAACGUUUGUAGUUGAGUAUUUUUUGAGAGCGUCCAUAAAUUAUGUACCUAUUACGCAUCUAUGAACAAGAAAAAUUGGUUAUGGGCGUAAGAGAUAACAUUUUGAAAUGACUUGACAUAUAGACAACAGCAUAACAAGCGACCCAUACUGCAUUUUGGAGGUAUGUGUACUACAAUUAUGUGAUGUAAUAAGAACUAUUAUGGUGUGAUCUAUACUUAUGUAUUUCUAGGCAUUUUGAUAAACUAGCAAUAUAAAGGGUGCUUUUAUCCUCUUUGUAAUCAAUACUGUAUUUAUUAUCCGCCUCCAUAACAAAUUUGUGGACACCUCUCAUGUUUAGUUGUUAGUUUACGCAUAUUUGGCGAUAAAUUUAUUUUUUAAGUUUUAGCAAACGAACGAUUUUUUUAUAUUCCUGUAUUUGUGAAAUGUUAAUCAUUUUACGUUGUGAUCAUGUGAGUGCAAAAUUAUUUUUUAUUAUUAUUUAACCAGUUUGACGGACGUCAACUAGGGCAGCAGAUAUCCCAACGUUUCGUUCUGCAUAGUCCAAGAGCAGUAUUUUGUAGAUUUAAUGUUUAUUCUAAUGAACCUUUUUUAUUAUUUUAACAUUUAUCAAAUUCGAUCGUUAGUUAAUUUCUAACAAUGAAAUAUUUAAUAAAGAAAUCACAAAAUUA